UGCACCAUUUUCUCACCAAACUGCGCAAGAGAAGAGAGAAUCCAGAGCCUGCAUCUGCAUCCUGCACCAGUUUGAGUUCUUUUUCUUUCUUUUUCUCCCUGCAACACUGAGUGGAUGAAAUACUUGCAAGUGGAUUGGGAAGCACCCUGACUCUAAAUUCACCUCCGAGUGAGUUCACAUUUCAAACCCUAAAGCAUGACACCGACAGACUUGGUUCUUGAAUGUCCAUUGCAGCACUGAGAUAUCUUUUGCACGUCGAGAUGAACCCCGCUUUUGCGCUAAUGCCGUCCGCCACGGGAAACCUGAGCAAGGUGAAUCGCGAGGGCUGCGAGCCAAACCCGUUGGAGCGACUUCCGCCAGCCGCGAGCUCGAACAAACCCCUCACGCCUUUCAGCAUCGCAGACAUCCUCUGCAAACCGAGCGCAGGUGCACGCGAUCACCUGAGUUCACCUGCGCGCGUCAAGCGCAGCGUAGCGUCUCCUCUGAGCCACACGUCACCGCUGUGCGCCCUCCAGGAGCUCACUAGUAAAACCUUCAGGGAUCUGGAGCUCGGUGUGCUGCAAGCUGCAGAGGGAAGAGAGGGCCGCGGCGUCUUUAGCCAAAGAAGCAACCCCAAAAAGCGCAGAAAAUCCAGGACCGCGUUUACGCAUCACCAGAUCUACGAGCUGGAGAAACGGUUUUUGCGUCAGAAGUAUUUGUCUCCAGUGGACCGGGACCAGGUGGCGCAGCAGCUGGCGUUAUCCAGCGCGCAGGUCAUCACUUGGUUCCAGAACCGGCGCGCCAAACUGAAGCGGGACAUAGAGGAGCUGAAAGCGGACGUGGAGUCGGCCAGGGCUGUGGGAGCCGUGUCUUUAGAGGAGGAAACAGCCGCAAUGGGUGAGCUGGAAGGUAAUGCUUUAAAAAGCAGGGGACACAUGGCGACACAGUGGUCCUCCGAGCUAAGACACGAGCUGCCGAGCGCGCACAAAUUGCGCAUGUUGCGCGCCACGUCGUCCUCCUAUUCAGACCACACGAGUCACACUGACUCUGAAGACGAGGACGUGGAAAUAGACGUGGAUGACUGAUUGCCGGGUGGAACAAGGAAAUAAAUGGCACACUUUUUUUUAUUUACAUUAUUCAUAUUCAUGCAUUGUUUCUAAUGUCAUCGAUUAAAGAUAUACAUACACAUGUCCUUUCAUUCCCUGUGAUUUGGGGAUGAACCAGAACAAAUAACUGAACUCAGAUAUGAAUAUUUAUAACAGAUCUGUUUAUCCUGUUUGUACAGCGAGAGUUGUAUAAUAUUUUAGGAUGCAAACUUAUUACCUCUAUUUUUCUAUU